AUGGCCGACUCCUUCUACGACGAGAUCGAAAUCGAAGACAUGACAUACGACGAAACGCUGCAAAUCUACCACUACCCAUGCCCCUGCGGCGACCGCUUCGAGAUCUCCAUCGGCGACCUGAGAGAAGGGGAAGAUGUGGGCGUCUGUCCGAGCUGUAGUCUCAUGAUUAAAGUUAUAUACGACAUGGAUACACUGCCGAAGGAAGAGAGAGAGGAUCCGGAAGAGGAGGCGCCCAAGGAGGAGAUUGUCAAACCUGUUGCUGUCGCUGUUUGA